UAAUAGCGUAAUAAGCGGUACUGAUUAGAUAAAAAUAUUGUGGGGCUACUGCGAUGUAUCAUAACCUCUGGUUAUCUUUAUUUUGGCCCAAACACAAAGGAGCUAAGCCUCCUUCACAUCUCCAGAAUCCAGUUAAGAUUUAUGGCUAGAUUCGCGUUAAGGAUUUAAUUCCAGGGAGUAAAUGUCUUUAAUGGUAGAUUUUGGAAUGCAAGACUAAUUGGGCUAUCGAUUGGAUCUUAGUCCUUAUCACUACGUAUCACUAUCAGAACGCUUAGAAUUGGCAAAAAAGCGUGUUAAGUUGUCCACUUUAUCGCCGGUUGGGUUUGUGCUCGUGCCAAGUGCAAAAGCGUUAAAAAUGGUGGAUCAAACAAUCAACCGACGUCAGCCAUCCGUCUGGAUGGUUAAAAGCGUCUACGCCCGGCGAUUUUGGCUCAUUUUAAAUUUGUCGAGCGGCGCGAACGAUUCAUAUGGAGCCAUGGAUUCCUCCAAACAAACAAAUCCGAAACGCGAGCCUAAUCCGUUUGCCAAGGCCAAUAUUAUCUCCAAAUGGUUGUUCCUGUGAGUUAUUUUUUAUGGGUAAAAAGUGAAAUUCUUUUUGGAAGCAAAAUAAUCCGUGGUCAUGGUUAAUCAGUGAGCAGUUAACAGCUUGCAAUAAUGUUUGGUGUGCUUAUAAUCCAUAUCGAAAUCAAUUAAAAGGGAUUAGUUCAGAUAUACAAAGUGACUUAGAGGUCGUCCAAGGAAUAUCUCUAAAUCUAAUUUCGCCAAUUUCACAAUUUGAAUGACCAUUGAGUGUCGGAAAGUCACGUAGUAGUUUUCGGGAUCAGUGCCUGUCGUUUUUUAGUCCGCCAAAGCGAAGAUCCAUUGAUAAGAUACUGAUAUACUUAUCAAUUUUCCUCUUUUAGAUGGAUGCACAGUGUUUUCCGCAAGGGCAGACGUGAGGAGUUCGACACCAGUAAAUUGUACGAACACCUGCCGAGUUUUGAUAGUGAGUCCUUGACCAGAAAAGUGCAACCCCAUUGGGAAAAGGAAUCCAAGAGCAAGAAUCCCAGUCUGAUGCGAAUGAUUUUUUCCGUUUACGGAUGGCAGUUCGUUCCCAUUUGUGUGUUAUACUCACUGUUGGAAAUGGCUAUACACUCCUUUCAACCUUUGCUACUUGGAGGACUGAUCUCGUACUUUGCUUAUGGACAGACGACUGUGACCAAGGAGAGUGCCUAUCUGUAUGCCAUGGGCAUUGUCCUCUGUUCACUGGUCACCUCCUUGGUGUUCCAUCCCUUCAUGUUUUAUCUUUUCGCGGUCGGAACUAGGGUGAGAUUGGCCUGUGCCGGUUUGGUUUAUCGAAAAUGUCUCCGUGCCUCGGCGAGCAGUGGCGAAGGACUUGGAGCCUUGGCCAUUUCCGUGAUGUCCAUCGAUCUCUCGCAAUUCGAUUUGACUUUCUACUUCUUUCACGAUUUGUGGAAGGGACCAGUGGAGGCCUGCAUCUUUGGCUACCUCAUGUACCGCCAGGUGGGCUGGACAUCCUUGAUCGGGAUCGCCUUCAUUGUGAUCCUGAUACCUCUUCAAGCUUGGGCUGCCAAAGCUUCUGCACAUUUUGGUUCCCAAUCCGCCAAGUAUCGCGAUGAAAGAGUGAAAUUGAUGAACGAGAUUAUCAGUGCCAUCCAGGUGAUUAAGAUGUAUGCGUGGGAGAAGUCCUUCGGACGAUUGAUUGCCGCAGUAAGGAAGUCGGAGGUGAAGGCCAUCCGGGGAUCCAUGAGCAUCUAUGCCGCUUUGCAGUGCACCAAUAUGAUCUCCAAGAUAUCGCUGUUCCUCAGCCUGGUGGCCUAUGUUUAUGGGGGUGAUCUUGUGACCGCCAAGAAGGUGUUCAUCCUCUCCUCGUACUACGGAUUACUCAACGAUUCCCUGCUGCACUACUGGCCCAUGGCCAUUACCACUUGGGCUCAGACUUUGGUGAGUGCCCGUCGAGUGGUGGAGUUCCUGCUGCAAGUGGAGAAGCCUGCAGAUGAGUCAUGCUGCAGAGAUAAUCCCGGCUUGGAGUUGGAUCUGGAGAAACCGAAACCCGAGCAGAGUGGCCGACUGCAUUGCGUGAAGAGUGAGUCCAAGUGCAUGAGUUUCCGGAAAGUCAGCGCCAGUUGGGACAAGCCGAGCAUAAAGCAUCCCAGGAAGGCCCACAUCAAGAACAUGUCCUUCCACAUCAACGCCGAUCAAUUCGUGGGCAUUGUGGGUAAUGUGGGCUCCGGAAAGAGCACACUUCUCCAUGCCAUUCUCGGUGAGAUUGAGCUGAUGCAGGGGCGAGUGGAGAUCCAUGGCAGGAUUAGCUAUGCCGCCCAACAGCCCUGGGUUUUCCAGGGAAGCAUCCGGGAGAAUAUCCUGUUUGUGGAGCAAUACGAGGAGCAGCGAUACCGAGCAGUUGUCCAUGCCUGCCAAUUGAAUAGAGAUCUGGAGCUGCUGCCCCGAGGUGAUGCCACUGUGGUUGGUGAACGAGGAAUCAGCCUGAGUGGUGGCCAGAAGGCUAGGAUUGCUCUGGCAAGAGCUGUCUAUCGCCAAGCGGAUAUCUAUCUAUUCGAUGAUCCUCUAGCAGCUGUGGAUGCCCAAGUGGGCAAACUUCUGAUGGACAAGUGCUUCCAUCGACUGCUGGCUGGCAAAAUGCGCAUCCUGGUCACCCAUCACGUCCAGCUGCUCAAGAGUGUAGACCAUCUGCUGCUCUUGGAAGGCGGAGUGCUCACCCAGCAGGGAAGCUAUGAACAACUGAAGGAUGUGAUCACCCAUCAUGCUGCUCUCGAUCUGGAGGCCAUCGAGGCGGAUAAGCAGCAAGUGAAGCGAGUACUCAGCCAAGUGGACAGGACCUCGAAGCAGCUAAGCAAGGGAGAGGAUGAUGAUCCCACCGCUAACCAGGAUAUGGAUGGCAAUGCAGAGCAGCAGUUGCAAGGAGCAGUUAGCUAUGACACCUACAAGGCGUACUUUAAGGCUCUUGGAGCUCCGUUCCUCGUCUGGUUGGUUCUCUCGAUGUUUGUCUUCGCCCGAGGAUGCCAGGCCCUCAUGGACAUCUUCAUCUCGCGAUGGGCCACUUGGGAGGAGGAUCGUGGUUACGAUUCGGUGGAUGACUUCGAGUCCACUCGUACUAAGAUGGUCACCUGGUACACGGUGCUCCUGCUGCUCACUUUGGCCCUCUACCUGCUGCGCACCUUUGGCUUCUUCUUCAUGUGCCUGCGCAUCUCGUUGACACUCCACGACCAGCUUUACCAGGGGAUAAUCCGCGCCUGGAUGUACUUCUUCAAUGCGAAUCCCUCGGGAAGAGUGCUCAACCGUUUUUCCAGUGACAUACAGAAUGUUGAUGUGAAUCUGCCGCAAGCCAUGAUGGAUUGUCUUCAGUUUGUGGUAGAUGUAGUGGCUGUCCUGGUUAUCGUGGCCAUUGCCAAUUAUUGGCUUCUAAUCCCAGCGGCAAUUAUGGUAUUGCUUCUAUACCUUUGCCGAGCCCUUUACAUUGGCGUCAGUCGGAGUCUAAAAAGGAUUGAGAGUAUGACUCGCAGUCCAAUCUAUUCGCACACAAACCAAACCUUCCAUGGUCAUUCCACCAUUAGAUCCAUGGACGCCAUGCCGCAGCUGGAGCAGACUUUCCAUGGUCUCCAGAACACAAACUCCUCCGCUCUUUUCCUCUACGUGAGCGCCAAUCGUGCGUUUUCCUUCUGGACGGAUCUGAUUUGUGUGCUCUAUAUCCUGGCCGUAACCUUCAGUUUCCUGGUCAUCAAACAGACAUUCUACAGUGGAGAUGUGGGUCUGGCCAUCACUCAGUCCAUGACUUUGGUGAUUAUGUGCCAGUGGGGAAUGCGACAGACUGCCGAAAUGGAGAACAACAUGACCAGUGUGGAACGAGUGCUGGAGUACGCCCAAACACCUUCAGAACCACCGCUUGAGAGUCCGAAGGAUAUGAAUCUUGCCGCUGAAUGGCCACAAGCUGGUCACCUUCGUUUCCUGGAUCUCCGUAUGCGAUAUGCUCCAGAAGAUGAGGAUAUCCUUAGGGGUCUGAACUUUGAGUCCCAGCCCAUGGAAAAGAUUGGCAUUGUGGGACGCACCGGAGCGGGAAAGUCAUCCAUUAUUCAAGCACUGUUUCGAUUGGCUCUCAAUGAGGGAACCAUCCAGAUCGAUGGCCUGGAUAUUGGUCAAUUGGGUCUGCAUGAUCUGCGCAGCAGAAUAUCAAUUAUACCCCAGGAUCCGGUUUUGUUUUCUGGAACCCUUCGCUUCAAUCUGGAUCCCUUUGAUGAGAAGAGCGACGAGUCGUUGUGGAGUGCCUUGGAUGACGUGAAACUAAAGAAACAUGUGGCCUCCUUGGAAGGAGGUCUCUCUUCUCACAUGCAGGAUGGUGGCUCCAAUUUCAGCAUGGGUCAGCGGCAGUUGGUUUGCCUGGCAAGAGCAAUUCUUCGACAGAAUCGAGUUCUCGUCAUGGAUGAAGCAACCGCAAAUGUGGAUACAGAAACCGAUAUUCUGAUCCAGGAAACCAUCCAUACCAAGUUCGCCGAGUGCACAGUACUUACAAUUGCUCACAGAUUGCAUACAGUAAUGGAUAACGACAGUGUUCUGGUGAUGGACGCUGGCCAGAUUGUGGAAUACGGAGCACCGCACAAGCUCCUGCAGCGCAAAGAUGGAGCCCUUUUAAAGCUGGUCAAUCAAAAUGAUGCUGCCACCGUGAAGUUCCUCAAGAAAAUUGCAGCCGAAAGUUACAUGCGCCGCAACAAAAGGGAUUCAUUCACAAUAGCAGAGGAAGAACCGAAAAACUGAACAGGAAUCUCCUCCAGAAACAGGAUCUAACUUAAGCGUUAGAGUUUCAGAAAUUGUACUGCCUCUGGGAACAGUCAAAUUCGUUUUUAUUGGUACGAAAAGUGUACUAUAAAGUGUAUUUACAUAGCAGUAGAAUUACGCUAGUACUAAUGAUAGUUCGGCACUUAAAACGAGGAGACUCUGACACACACGCACACACAAGAUUACAAAAUAUAUGUAUGUAUAUAUAUAUGUAGGUAAUAUAUCAAAACUGUAAACUUGAUGGAUAGCCUAGGAUGAUGGUAAACAUUCCAUUUAAAAUAACAUAAGGUAUUGACAUGUAUGUGGUAAAACUAGGAUCAGAAACACUCUGAUAUGUUCUCGAAUGCAAAAACAGAACGCUCUUUAUGUAGGCUAUACAAUGUUAUGCUAUGUACACAGAACGCUAAAAAAUCAAAAAUAAAUACGGUCAAACCACAUUCGA